CCCCCACUCAUCCACUCCCCACCAUUCAGCAAACCAUCACCGAGAUUACAUCAAAUUUUCUCUCUCAAUUGUUUUCAUCGACAAUUUUCAUCACAAAGAUAUCCGACAUGGCAGCUGAGAAGUUGAAUUUCGCACAGACAUGCAACCUCUUGAGCCAGUUCUUGAAGGAGAAGAGAACCCUCCAAGUCGUCCCUCCCACAACCAUGAACUUGCUGACGGCCAUGGAGGCUGCUGCUAAGAACCCAGUUGAUCAGACGGCUCAGACUCCGUCAUCAAAACCCAGCAUCGAUUUGCUUCCGCAUUUUACCAAAAACCCAGAAGCGGCUUUGGGAGAUCAGCAGCCAGGAUCUGCUGCCCAGAUGACUAUUUUUUAUGGUGGGCAGGUGCUGGUUUUCAAUGAUCUGCAGGCUGAGAAGGCAAAGGAAAUCAUGGGUUUGGCUACAACUGGAAGCUCCAAGAUUUCUGCUGGAUUUGUGAAGAAAUUGGGUUCUGAGAAUCAGUCGAAUGUUGUCGCUGAAAAUAAUUCUCAGGAAAUUAAGGUGCCAACCCAGGCCAGAAGAGCUUCACUACACAAGUUCUUGGCCAAGAGAAAAGAAAGGGUGACAGCAGUAGCACCAUAUCAACUGAACAACCAGAGAGCAUCUUCUCCUGCCAAAAGUGACGAGCAAACGAGUUCGAGGGCACAAGGGCAAAGUUCAAAGCAGCUUGAACUCAGCCUCUAGUGAUUAAAUCGACUCACAAUUCUAAUUCCGUUUAGAUUUAUUAUGUUAAAUUGGGUUAGUUUCUGGCGACUUAUGAUCCUGACUGUGUAAUUUGUUGUAAGCCAAAAUUAUUCUUCCAUCAAAAAUAUAUUUUUUGUGUAAUUAUUAUUUUAUCAAUGAGAUUGGAUGCAUAAUCCAUUUCUGAGAAACAAAAUAAAGAAAUAUGAACAAAAGUUGGACUACUCUCCAACUGUUUUCUAA